CGGGAGUCUAAUCUAAGGUCUGCCGUUCCUAGGCUUGAUGGGCUUUGCCCAAAUUCGGAUAUUUCAGUUAUCAAUUGCUCUUUUUUGAGGGGAUGGUGGAGUCUGGGUUCCCCCUUGCUAUAGAAACCUCUUGGACGAGGAGAUUGCCUAGCCGGUUGGUCUUCUUUCCCUUUUGCAUGGAAAUCAGCCUAAUCUAGCCAUCAAGAAUUCUUUGGUUUGGAGGUGGAAUAAGUCUGGAUUAUUUUCGAUGACAUUUUGUACUCUCUGAUCUUUGAUUCUAUGGUCUAGGCCCCUCAUCAUCACACAGCUGUUGUAUGGUCAUAUGGAGCUCCCCCAAAGGUAGCAGCUGCUUUCGCUUGUCUGGCUAGAAGAAACAGGAUGUUGAUUGUGGACAACUUAUGCAAAAGAGGCAUGGUGCUCCCCAAUAUUUGCCUUCUAUGCUUCAAGGAUGCAUAAUUGGUAAAUCGUUUAUUCAUCCACUGUGACCUGGUUGGGGAGGCUUGGAGCAACAUUCUUCGUUAGUUCGGAGUUUAGUGGGUGAUGCCCGGUUCCUUGGCCAUUUUAUUCCAAGCCUGGCACUUGGCUGGCCUGGACAAGAAGGUCUCUUCUAGUUGGAGGAUUGCUCUUCUCGUGGUCAUCUGGAUCCUUUAGCUUGAAAGGAAUGGCUGUUGUUCCAAAAAUAGAAAUCAUUCUAUUCAAUGGGUGAUUAUUUAAUAGGGUAAAUCUGUGUUUUAGGGAGUGGGCACCUUAAGGGUUGGGUGCUCUUGUAUUAGUAUUUCUCUCCUUCCCCCCUCUUUUUGCCCUUUGGCGUCAAUAAAAUCAGUAUCUUAAAAAAGAAGAAGAAGAAAGAUCCAAAGGUUGAGAUGACCAAAGCGCUACAAUCCAAGAAGGUAGACGUGGAAGUCCAUUGGUGGAUGUAUGGAUUAGUUGAUGGAACAAAUGACGAUCACUUUAUGUUGACAGAAAGGGAGGAUGUCAUUAAAGUUGAGAUGGAUGCAUUUAUCCCAAUGGCAAUCUGCUUAUGCAGAUCAAAAGCUUGCAAUGGGAGGGAUGAUGAUGCAAAAUCAGGAAGCCAAUCAUGAUUGGAGAAAACACAGUCACCAAUCUAGCAUCAGAGGCAAGUCACUAUCAAAGCAGCAAUGCAAACCUCGAGGAUAUUAACAGUGAAGGAACAACAGAGGAAGUAUCAUGCUCUACCGAUCCAACUGGUGAAAUAAGUGUAUUUUACUUAUACAUGAAAACUAUCGAAAGGGCUCAUAUGCCAAACAAAUUAUGGGAAAGAGUUAAGUUGCCUAGAAACUAUGAGAAGGCACUUGAAAUCAUUGACAAACAUCUGAUGUACUGGCCUAAAUUUCUCAUACACAAAACUAAGCAACGUCUCACCAAAAUGACUCAGUAUCGUAUCCGCAUGAGGAAGCUCGAAUUGAAAGUGAGGGAAAAGAUAAUGACGAUGCCUAGAAAAGAGAAAAAGAGAGAGGCCAGAAGAGAACAAAAGGCUGAAAAAGCUGCAAUUUUGGACAAGAGUAUCGAAAAAGAAUUGUUAGAACGCCUAAAGAGAGGAGUGUAUGGCGAUAUAUAUAAUUAUCCUGUUAAAGAGUACAAUAAGGUCCUUAAAAUGGAAGGACUACAGGCAGAUGCUGCUGAAGAAGAAGACGAGGAGGAACCUGAAAUAGAGUAUGUAGAAGGCUAUGAUGAACUCGAAGAGGAAGAGGACAUGGAAGAUUUUGGUGGCUUUGAGAUGGAUCAGUCUCUUAAAGGUGACGGCUUUGGUGGUAUGGAUGAAGAUGGAGAAAAGAUGGAUGCAGUUGAUCAAACCAAUGUUAAGAGGCUGCGAAAGGGUUCUGGCUCUGGUCUAGGGAAGUUUGACAGUGAGGAUCUCAAUUCAAAACUGAAAAAGAAGGCAAGGGUUCUUGUUGAGGUUGAGCAUGAAGACACUGGCGAGAGACGAGAAGCCUUACAGUGAGGAGUUCAUGCACGAAAUUUGCAUUCAACUAGAUUAUCUCAGCAUGUCAGUUUCUUCUCCACUCUUUCAUUAGGUGGGUUUACAAUACAAGUUCCAGCCUUAAGAGAAUCAUAGCAGCAGCAAAGAACUGCUAUUUAUAGUCGUCUUCAUCUCUUCAAAGAUGACUGUUGAGUUUGAAACACAUCUAUGUAUUGUAUUGAGUUUCAAAAUCUGCGAGAGGUUGGUAUUAGAAUUUUUGGCUGUGUAGACAGUCAAUUUUCUUUAGUAAAAUGGUUUAUGGAGAUUUUUGGUUGUUA